UGUUUUUUUGGUUUUUGGUUUUUCGUUCUCUCACUCUCUCUUUUCACACUUGCUCAACACUUACCAAAAGUCAACAAGUUUGCGCGUGUUGUGUUGUGCGUUGAACAUCCCCAAGCUACUCUACAAGCCCCAACUACUCUUACGUCCAAAAAUGUUCGCUCGCUCGGUUUCGUGUGCGGUUCGCUCGACCGCUCGAAUUCUCGCACCUGCCAGGUCUGCUUCGACCAGUGCUGCUGCUUCUUCUGCUGCUGCUGCUGUUGCUACUGGCGCAACUCCUUCCAUUGCCGCGCUGCGUGCUGCCACACAGCAGGUCGCUCGUCUCUCCACGGCGGCGACGGCUCGUGGGUCAUCAGCGACGGCGGCGGUUUCCGACCAUGCGCAAUUCGCCACUGAGGCUUCUUCCUCCACCCCCAAGCACGCUGCUGCCACCGGUGUCCGCCAAGUCAUUCCCAUGGGCUCGCAGUCCCUCAAGUGCGCCUGGGCCGACGGCAAGGCUGCUGAAUUCCACUACAUCUGGCUUCGCGACAACUGCCAUUGCCCGGCUUGCCGGCAUCCAGUCACGCACCAAAAGGUGCUAGACACUCCCUCUCUCCCAAUCAACAUUGAACCUGCGUCGCUGCGUGUGAACGCGGAUGGCAAUGUCGACAUUGUCUGGAACAACGACGGCCACAAAUCGACGUACGACGCCGCCUUUUUGCGCCAAAACAUGUACUCGCUGUACGAGACCCGACCCCCGACCAACUCGACGCGCAAGGAAAACAUGACGCUGUGGGACCAGAACAUUAUUGAAAGCCAGCUGCCCAUCAUGGAAUACAGCGAGCUUGCGACCGACGACAAGGGCGUGCUCAAGUGGCUCAAGAUGCUCGAGCGCUACGGUGUUGCCGUUGUGCGUGGCUCGCCGGCCGAGAAGGAGCAGGUGCUUGCGAUGGGCCGUCGCAUUGCGCACAUCAAGGAGACCAGUUAUGGCUUGCUCUUCGAUGUGCUCAACGAGCCGCGCCCCGGCGCGCAUUUGGCCUACACUGGCGUGGAGCUCAAGCAUCACUCGGACAUGAACUAUAUGGAAAAGUCUCCUGGCAUCCAGAUUCUGCACUGCAUUCGCGCCGACGCGACCGGUGGCGAGAGUGUCUUUGUGGACGGAUUCUGGAUUGCCGAAUGGCUCCGCAAGACCGACCCGACCGCCUUCCAGGUGCUCUCGUCCAUCGACGUCGGGUUUGGCAUCAAGAACGGCGACCACUCGUACAUUAACCACGUCCCGAUCUUUUGCGCAGAUCGCAACCAAGAGGUGUACGAGGUCCACGUCAACAACCGCACCAUGCAGCCCUUGAUUUCCCACCCGGACGCCAUUGUGCCCUUCUACUCGGCCUUCCGCCAAAUCAACGAAAAGAUGCGCGAGCGCGCCAGCGAGUGGCGCUUGGACAUGCGCGCAGGCGACGUUGUUGCCUUCAACAACCGCCGCGUGUUGCACGGCCGCACUUCCUUCGAUCCCUCCAGUGGCGUGAGGCACUUGCAAGGCUGCUACAUUGAUCGGGAUGACUUUGCUUCACGAAUGCGUCAGUUGAUGGCCAAGCAUGCCUCGCAUUAGUCGGUUGCUUUUGUUUUUGACACUGUCGUGUGCUGUUUGAUACAUGUUGUUGUUGCCUUUUGUUUUUGCCUUUCCACAUGAUGACCCAGAUAUAGUCAAUAUGAACAUUUCUUUUGAUGACAAA